UCACUGAGCCAUUUUUGAACUAACCUAACCUAGAAUGACGUUCGUGUGCACGCGAGUGCUGUUCUCGAACGCAGCCCAGUAGUAAUCUGCGUUUUUAAAAGAACAAAAUAUAUAAAAGUGGUAGAGAAAUAAAAGAGAAUAUUAUUUAUUCUUCUGCUUUCUUUCCUGCAUAUCCUGCGGUGGUCAGUCUUGAUUGUGUAUCUUAUUAACAUAUCACAGUCUACGUACGAAGAUUGAUCACAUUCGCAAUGGUUGAAGAAGCAGAGCAAUUGCCGCCAAUAGACGUGAAGGAGCCUUUAGAUCUUAUAAAACUAAGUCUAGAAGAACGAAUCUACGUAAAAAUGAGAAACGAGAGAGAGCUCCGAGGAAAGUUACAUGCUUUUGACCAGCAUCUGAACAUGGUAUUGGGUGAUGUAGAGGAGAUUAUAAAUAUAGUUGAGAUUGAUGAAGAAACGUAUGAGGAAAUAUAUCGCCAGAAAAAAAGGACUAUCCAAAUGUUAUUUGUGCGCGGAGAUGGAGUGAUCUUAGUAUCUCCACCUACAUAAAAUAAUCACAAACGCUUAGAUGCUUGUAAAGCUAUAAGCACUUUCUAUGUGAUCAAAACUUCUACAUUUGACCCAAAAGAAUUUAAGUAUAUGAAUGUACUUUAUACGAUUGCUUAGAAAAUUAAGAAAGAUCUCCACAUAGACCAUAAUGAUUUAUCUUUUUUUGUAAUUACAUUAUGAUAAUUCUGUAAGUCACUCAGCUAAACAAUAAAAUAUGUAUUCUUAUAGUACGUAAUAUGUAGAAUAAGAAA